UGGCAUUGAUCCUGUUUGUCUAUUGCUGCCGGGAAAAACCUGUCGCGAGGACAUCAAUUGCGUGUGUCUUUCAACAUUGUCGCUCAGCAUGUCAUAGUCAAAGCCAUAGCGCCGAUUCAGUGUUAAUAGAGCCGUUUACCAUGCCGGACGGAAGUUUCGCUGUUGACAAUGAAGAUUCCUCUUAUUCUACUCCUCCUCUUCAGUCAUCAGUCUCUCAGUCAGACUGUGCCGCGUCCCGAAUUCAGGAUCAUUUCGCCACAGUUCAUGUGCAACGUGAAGAGUGCCAAUACUUCGAUAGAGGCUCCGCCGGAACAAAUAACCAUUCGAUUUCAGCCGCGCGAGGGAAUGAGGCUCACCUACCUCGUGCGCGUGUAUUUUGAAUUCAUUGACGGAUGGAAGAGCCAGUGGCGAACAAUUUCCCUCUGGCGAAGUGUUCGCAUGCUCGAGAAGAGGAUCAGGAAUACGAGUGAGACGAUAACACUGAACAAUCAGAUUUACAUCGAUCAGAAGGAAUUGACUCCCGGAGUCGCUUACACAUUCAAUAUCGCCGCCAGGGAUUCCAAUGGGGGCCUGAGUGAGGAAGAGAACGUCACAGUUCUGUUUCGAGGUGACAGUGUGUCUAAGAAUAGCGCCAGAGAUACUUCCCUACUGCUUAUCGGAUCGGUUUACAUCUACAGUCAUUUGCCUCUUCUUAUUCAAGCCAAUCUAAUCUUUUGUGAUCCAACUAAUGAUUAUGUGUUUAAGUGGCAAAUGCCUGUUUUGGAAAAUGAACAGCAAGAGUGGUUAAAAACACCUGGGAAAACCUUCUAUUUGCCGCCAAAUACACUCAAGCCCAGACAAAACGAUGAAAUACAAGUUCAGGUUGUAAACAGCAAUCGGACACUCAUGUACACUCAAAAAUCCAUGAAAUUACAUGUUCUCAACAAAGAAUUCUAUGCCCUUUUAAUUCCCAGAAAUCUUUCUAUUGGAAUCAAUCACAAGAUCACUUACAAAUUGUCCAUUUCCGAAUUGGACGUUGAUCAGUAUUCACUUGAGAUAUCCUGGGAAUGUGAAAAUCUGCGAAAUAACACCAACUGCACCAAUUUUCAAGAAUCAUUCAGCCCAAAACAAGAAGUUUCCUUCCUAGAACAGGGAUAUUAUCGAGUUUCUGCUAUUAUAACGUAUCAGGAAUUCACGCAAAAUUUAACAUCCUUUGUAAUAGUGGAUCCUAGAGUCAUAGCGUCCGUUCAGUUUCCAGACAUUAAGCCCGAGCCAUUGGUCUCUUGGAGAGCUUUAAGAAUUCCAACAGUUGUUAACAACGUCAUUCCCAAUUGUCUUCUUCAGUGGGUCACAGUAAAUGUAACCGAAGAUUCCAGUUACGGAUUUAUUGAUGAAUCCUUUCUAACGACGAAACUCAUUCCGGAUCUUGAGGAAAAUUUCCUCUCAGAUAUUGUAGAAAUAAGUAAUGCUACAUUUUCUGAAGAUUUCCCAUUGGCAGUUCCUGAAAAAUCAGAUAACUUCGACGGAAUAGAGCCUCAAAAGAUCUACAUUUUCAGACUACUCAUAACCUGUCCAGAGCCUAUCAAUGAGUGGGACAGUGAAAGUCAGGGCAAUGUUACGAGUUUCGCAGAUCUGAUUAUAAAUUCUAAACAACCACCACAAGCCAGACCGAUGGAAGUUAUUCCCGAAGAAGGAAUUGCUCUCAAGACGCUAUUCACAAUCUUUACGGGAACUGCUGUGGACACACCCGAAGACUAUCCGAUGCGAUAUUUGUUCCAAUACCAAGUUGGACCACUUGUGGUAGAUCUGGAAGAAUACUACGAAAGUAUGGAGAUUGUUACUGAACUGCCCUAUUCGGAAAAUCCCAUAAGAAUAUUCUACAGAGUUUGUGACACUGAAAAUGCUUGUUCCCGAACAGAAGGACCUGCAGUACGAGUGAACCUAACCAAUGACUUUUCCAAAGAGGAAUUUAAUUUCAAACUUGAUAAGAUUAAGUCGAUGUUUUAUCGAACAGAGUAUAGCAACAUGUUUUCAACGAGUGCCUCUUGUAUCUUGACGUUUAGAGAGUUACCAGACAAAACAUUCUAUCAGAUUCUCAAGACUGAACUAAUUCAAUCAAUUCAAAAAGAAAUUGAUCGUCUUCAGACCAUUGAUGCUGAAGAUAUCUUUGUAUCACAACUGAAAAUCAUGUCUUUUGUUAAGUAUGGGAAAAGAUUAACGGAAUUGUUGGGUGAUAGAAAUGUGAAACUGAAGGAAAGACUUCUGAAUCUCCUGAAUUCAAUUCCUCAAGAAAGAUCAGAUGAUUUUGACGCAAUGGAAGAAAAUAACCUGAUCAUGAAGCGUUCAAUAAGUAGAGUAGACAUUGAAAUACGAGAUUUAUCGCAAGAUGAUAAGAUUCAGAAAGGAAUUCUCGAUAUAGAACUUCGAGAAGCUAUACUAAAUUCUUACAAUUUCACAAGCAACUCACAAAAGAUUUCACUUUUAAAAAAUUUCACGCAACAUCUUCGAGAAUUUAUAGGAGAUAUUUUAUGUCCUUCACUGCAGUUGUCUUCGGACUACAAUUUUGCUUCUGUCAAUUUUUCCCUGGAAAUUUUUCGUGGAAAUGCAUUUCAAGUGAAAGUGAAGAAUCUUUCACUUCCAUUAUCUUCGUGGAAGGUUAAAAAGCGCAACGGAUAUGUUGUCUUAAGGAAUAUUUAUCAGACUAGCCCUAAUAGAGAAUAUUGUGCUUCGAGGAUUGCAUAUUCUUCAGACUUCAUGACUGGCGAUCACGGAAAACUGUUCGAUGUGACUCUUUUUGAAAUAGAUUCAGAAUUAAAUUCAGCAAUUAUGAUGGAAACUAAUGAAGACAAUGAGAAGUUUUCGAUAGUUUCUCUUCAAUUUGAGUCUGAAGGAUCAUUUGAGGAUGCGAAAUGCGUUAUUUGGAAUGGUGAUUCUUGGGCAGAUGACAAUUGUAAUGCUGUACUAAUAACGUCUUCUAGUAUAGAAUGUCAAUGUUCAACAUUGGGCUUUGUAAAGGCAAUUUCUAAUAGUCGUUUCGACUAUGAAGAAGUCUAUGACAACUUAACAACCGAAUCUACAACGGAAUAUAGCGGAGUUACUAAGCAAAGCGAAACUAUUGUAAAUGAUCCACCAAUUGAUUUUAUGAUAUUUGAUAAAAUUGAUGAGACUGAAACCCUUGUAAUCACAAGUGAUAUUAAGAAGAAGGCGAAUAGCGUCUCGGAUAUCUUCACUUUCUCCCCCAUCGUCAACAAUGCUAUUGAGGAGAUUGUAACAGUUACCACAACCAUUCAGAGAAAUGCCUCAGAAACGCCCGAUGAUCAUGGAGAGACUGUUCGGGAAACUAGCUUUUCUACGCUUAUUGGAUUUAUCGUUGUGGGUGUAUUUUGCCUGAUAAUCAUCUUGAUAGUCACACUGAAUCUCUAUUUUAUCCGCAAGAAGAAUAAACUGAAGCAUCUCCAGGAAAUGCAAAUCAUGUCAACCGAAGCCAGAGUGCAAAGCGAGGAGAUAAAGUAUGCCAGAUUCUACGACGAACAAAUGCUGUCGGGAAAUUAG